AUGCACGAGUGGAUUUCUAUAAGAAGUGCCAGCUCUCCAGUCGUGGCCUUGCUCCCCACCCACCUGUCAACCAAUUACAUCCGACGCAUCCAACUUCCAAGGCUUGUUGAGAUCGUAUUACCUGAAAGCACUACCACCCCAAGCCACUCAAUCGUCUACUUUCUCGACUCCAUGGCCAAUUCCGCUUCCUCUGAAUCCGAGCCUCGGCCUAGCCCUUCCCGGUGGACUUCAGCAAAGCAGACCUUGUACUUGACCGCAGCCGCUGGCGGCUCCGCCGAUUUCCUGGAAUACGCCGGCAAUGAUGCACAAUCGACCUGUCCUCAGAGUCCCCCGCCACGACCAGAGCAUCCAUCACUCGCUGACUUCCAUUUCACAAAAAGGCUUGGGCAGGGGGCCUGGGGAGACGUUUACGUCGCCCGCCGUCGCAUAGACAACCACCCUUGUGCCGUCAAAGUCAUGCCCAAACAAAAGUGUGUAAUAUCGUGUCUUUAUGACACUUUAAAGAAAGAGGCCCACAUCUUGGCAAACCUUUCUCACCCAUUCAUUGUGAAAAUUGAAGCUGCCUUUCAGACACAAGAUUUCUUAUUCAUCGGGCUCGAGCUUGCCGUCGGUGGAACCUUUCAAGAUUUGUUGGAGAACUUUGCACCCAUGGAAGCUGGAAUUGCCAGGCCUUACGUCUGCCAGAUCAUCCUAGCCCUUGACUAUCUCCAUGAGAACAAUAUAGUUCAUGGGGAUUUGAAGCCAGAAAACCUCCUCAUAUCAGCCAACGGUUAUAUCAAAGUCGCUGACUUUGGUCUAGCACGGAGAACAACAGACCACAGCCCCCUCAACCUAAUCUUUGGGACCGUCUAUUACAUGGCUCCUGAGAUGAUCAACGGUAGUUUUUUUGGUCCUUCGAUUGACUGGUGGGCCUUGGGAGUUAUCCUGUACCAAACCCUCUUCGCGCAAUAUCCUUUUGAUGUUGAGAGGUUGCCUAACUUAGAUCACAGGUUCUCAAGAGAUGAUCAGAAUCGUGUCAAGUUACUCAUUGCCUCCGGAAAGUACAGAAUACCUUACCCAAUCGACUUUCCCUGCUUAUCGUUUCUGAAAAGGUUGCUUUCAAAUUCUCAUACUCGGAGGCUACUCAACAGAGCUUCGAUUAGUGACGAGUACGUCUACUUCCUAGGGGUCAAAUGGGACAAGGUUUUGAACCAGAAGUACGAGUCGACCUUCAAACCUAACGACAUCGAGGUAAUCUUGGCCAAAACCAGUAAAGAUUAUUCUUCCAUGUACGCCACUCCACCAAAAGAAGAACAGUAUGAUCAGUUUCCUGGCCUUUUUGACGACUUCUACUACAAGGGGCCUGGUAGUCCUUGGUAG